AUGGAAUCAAUAGUGUUGCAGAAAAUGGAGAAAAGAAAGACGAGUUGUAAAAAGGUGAGUAAUCAUAUACCUGCCGAUCUUGCAGUAUCCAUUCUUUCAAAACUUGCUCUAAAAUCUUUGUUUCGAUUUAGAUGCGUAAGAAAAUCAUGGUCUUUCUUGUUCCAAGAACCCUAUUUUAUGAAUAUGUACCGCAUCAAUUUUGCAUCUAAUCACAAUUAUACCUAUGUCGAUGAUUCAUGUAUAAUGUUAGAAACACUUCAGCCAUAUCAGCGCGGCCACCAGGUCUUGUUUUCUCUUUCUGGCGACAGAUUAAAAAAUAAAGUAAAAUUAGAUUUGCCGCCUCCAUUUGAAGAGGAUGACACUUGUAUUGAAAUGUUGGGUUCUGUUGUCGAUGGAACUAUUUGUUUCUACCAAGGUCCGGUAAUUCCAAAAAUUGUACUUUGGAACCUAUCUACCAAGGAAUUCAAGGUUCUUCCUCCUAGUCCUCUCGAGUCUGUACCGCCUGAUUAUGAUAGAGUCUAUUGUCAAAUGCAUGGAUUUGGUUAUGAUCAUGUUAACCAUGAUCAUAAAGUGGUUCGACAUGUAGCACAACGUGUAGACUUUGCCAACUACGAAGGUUAUAAAGGUCAUAUUCCGCCACAUGACUCUAUGUGGGAGGUUUACAGUCUUAGAAGUAACGCUUGGAAGAAAGUUGAAGUAGAUAUGCCUACUGGUUAUAUGAAUACCGGUCUACGAUUUCACACUAAUGGAGUGUGUCAUUGGUGGGAUUAUACUAACGAUCAAGAUUGUUUGGUAUCAUUUGACUUAAUCAACAACAAGUUCUUUAGAACACCUCCUCCACCAGACGGGCGUGAUAAUUUUGAUUUUAUAUUGGUGGAUAGACGCUUUGUAGGGCUAAAUGGAUCGGCUGCUUGUAUCUUAAGUUAUGAAACUAGUGGUGAUACACCAUGUAUGUUUUACAUAUCAAUUUUAGGGGAGCUAGGUGUGAAAGAAUCGUGGACUAAACUUUUUACUAUUGAGUCUUUACCUUGUCUUAACCAUUCUAUUGGAGCAGGCAAUAAAGGGGACAUAUUCUUUAAAUCAAAAGAAGAUGAAUUAGUUCAAGUUGACUUGAUUACUCAAAUGGUGAAGAAGCUUGGUAUUAGAGACCCACUCCAAUUUCCGACACUUUUUUAUAAGGAAGUCAUUCUUCCAAUGGGAGGAGAAAAAUAUGUUAGUUGA